CCCACUCGCAUCAGGAUCUCCUCUAAUAAACGCUGGGCUCUUUUUUUUUAUUAGGGUCCAGGCAGGACUGUUUUUUUCUGCCAGUGCUUCAGUGUAACUGAGCCUCUCUCUGGCUGCUGCAUCAGACCGCCUCAGCGCUCAGUCGGGGUUUUACGCACACGUCGCAGGAGAAAUGAGAACCAGAGACUCCUCUGUGGUGUCUUCUCGUCAUGGACACAAAGCAGCAGGUGUGACACUCACAAACUGUUAGAAAAUUUCAAAUUAUUUGGCAAUUAUUCCUCCUGGCGACGCCGUGGAUGUGUAGUGCCAAAAAACAAAAAAUGUCUCUGCAGUUUUCCUGGUGGCGCGCCUGUUCCUCGCCUUCAGCGCCAGGAUCGUGGAACGUGUGCGUGCCGCUGGCUUUCCAGCACUUCCAACUAUUUGCUGGAUUUUAACAGAGGAAAGUAACCCGUGAACGAUCAAAUCUGUUUUUACGAACAAACGUCACUUGUUCUCAGACACAUUACUUAAGAACGCAAAGGAAACGUUCGUUUUUCGGUGGAUGCGCACUUGGGCACAGCAACAUCCUGAGAAGAAACGCGGAGAUGCCCCACAGAGUCCACGUUCUGCUACUACUGCUGCUGUCGCUGUGUCGGCCGGCAGCAACGACCCGGGUCAGAAACAAGACCGUCAGGACGCGGUCCUGCCUGGACAUGCCGGAGGAGAAGUUGGAGGAGAUUUUUGGACGGCUCUCGGUGGGAGUAAUGAGCGCUUUCCAUCACGCUCUGCAGCUGGAGCCGCAGGACAAACUUAACCUCACCUGCCCCACCACUGCACGGGUCCCGACCGACGGCAAGACCCGCCUCCCGGUCAACCUGCUCAGCAUCUCCCCCUGGGCCUACAGGAUCUCAUACGACCCAAAGAGAUAUCCCCGCUACAUCCCCGAGGCCUACUGCCUGUGCAAGGGCUGCCUGAUCGGACCGUACGGCGAGGAGAGCAGUCAGUAUCGCAGCACCCUGGUCUACGCUCCCUCCGUCAUCCUGAGGAGAACAGGCUCCUGCGUCGGCGGCCGCCACUCUUACACGGAGAUCUACGUCUCCAUAGCCGUGGGAUGCACCUGUGUGCCGCUGCUGGAGAAGAGGCCGAAGAAGAGCAACCAGAGCCUGCAGAGGAGAGAGCCUAAAGCCAGGAAGCUCUUUACUCCAAGAAAGGAAGCUUGACGGAAGCAGGACUGCUGCUGCAGAGAAGUUUUCUUUUGUUUGUUUUUUUUUUACAGCUGAUUCGCUCGUGCUAGAACAUUAUGUCUGAAACUGAAGCCCCUGGAAAUGUCACUUAAAAAGAAAAGUUUAGUACAGAGCUUCAGCAGGCAGAUCGACCGACGCAAGACAAACCUUUG